GACCCAGUCUUGUUCGUGACCGCAGCGCUGAAACGCGUAUCGAUAACUUCGUAUCAUUAUUUCGUAUUAAAUGACGUUUUUGUUCGCUCGUUCCACACAAACUGCGCAGUGUGCAACCGCUCGGCAUAGAAGAAUCAUAUUGUUCUACUAUAUAUUGUAAAUUAGACUCUCUGGUACAAUCAGCUGAUAUAAAGGACAUCAAACAAUCAGACUCGAAAUUGGAAUUUUAAUUCAGUCAUGCGGAGAUAGCGCGCGCAGAUGGACGUCACUAACGGUCCGUCGUUGCGUUUACGCGGCGGUGUAACAAAUUGUGAAAAUAAAAAACAUGAUCUUAAUUUGUGUACAAGUGUGAUGCCGGCUGAGACCCAGCGACUCCUCCCACCAACUUCGGAGACGAUUAUGACAAAACCGUUUCCAAUACGAGGAGAACGAGCAAACUAUGUAAACAUUCCACAUGUUAUUGCAAUGGUUGGUCUGCCAGCUCGGGGCAAGACUUACAUAUCUAAGAAGCUGUCAAGAUAUCUUAAUUGGAUAGGAAUUAAUACUAGGGUAUUCAAUCUUGGAGAGUACAGACGACAUGCUACAACUGCAUACACAAGUCAUGAGUUUUUCAGAGCUGAUAAUAAAGAGGCCAUGGCUAUACGGCAGCAAUGUGCGCUGGAUGCAUUGCAUGAUGUCUGUGAGUGGCUGGUUAAAGGUGGAGAGGUUGCUGUGUUUGAUGCCACAAACUCAACAAUGGAGCGACGGCGAAUGAUCCGAGAAAUCGUUGUUCACAAAAUGGGCUUCAAACUAUUCUUUGUAGAAUCCAUUUGUGAUGAUCCACGCAUUAUAGAACAAAAUAUUAUGGAAGUAAAAGUAAGCAGUCCGGACUACACAAACUUACAAGACUCUGACAAUGUUCUAGAUGACUUUUUACUAAGGAUAGAGCAUUAUAAGGAAAAGUAUGAGCCGUUGGACGAAAGCCUAGAAUCGGAAUGCAGCUUUAUGAAAAUAUAUGACACAGGAGAAAAAGUUGUUGUACAUAAACACGAAGGACAUAUACAGAGUCGGAUUGUAUAUUACUUGAUGAAUAUACAUAUAGUACCACGAACAAUUUAUUUAACAAGGCACGGUGAAAGUCUCCACAACUUAGUGGGACGUAUAGGCGGUGACAGCGAGUUGUCAACCCGAGGAAAGCAAUACGCCAGUGCACUAGCCACUUAUAUAGACCAGCAAAAUAUCCCCGGUCUACGCGUUUGGACAUCCUGGAUGAAGAGAGCCAUACAAACGGUGAAGGAUGUCCGAGCACCACAGGAAAGGUGGAAGGCCCUUAAUGAGAUUGAUGCGGGGAUAUGCGAAGAAAUGACCUAUGCGGAGAUACAACAAAAGUACCCGUCAGAUUUUAAUUCCCGGGAUGCGAACAAGUUCGCCUACCGGUACCCUCGAGGGGAGAGCUACGAAGACCUGGUAGCACGGCUGGAGCCGGUCAUCAUGGAGCUGGAGAGGCAAGGGAAUGUACUGGUGGUGUCCCACCAGGCCGUCAUGAGGUGCCUCCUGGCCUACUUCCUGGAUAAGUCUGCUGAUGAGCUCCCAUAUCUUCAUGUGCCAUUGCACACAGUGAUAAAACUGACACCGGUAGCCUACGGCUGUCGGGAAGAACAUAUUAAAUUGUCCGUCGAUGCCGUAGACACACAUCGGCCGAAACCAUCUGAAAAAGAAGAAACGGACGGCAAUGGAAAAGUGAUACCUGCUCCGCCCAUUAAGUCGCCAGUUCCACCUGUACUCAACGGUGAAGCAAAUGGAGAUAACAAAGAGGAUCAACACUAGAUGGCAUGCUAAUUU